GGCAGCUUCCGGCCGGGGCGUGCAGCGGAGGUGUGGGCUUUGUGGCCGCCCCGGGCUGCGCGGCCGGGUGGGGCUUGGCUUGGUUCCGCGCUGUUCUCUUGCCGCCGGGCUCCGGGUGAGUGGGGCGUCGUGGAUCACGCAGGCGGGCGGGCUGGCUCCAGGCCAGCGGGGUGCAGCGAUUCGGUUGGUGUUCCGGGCCCGGCUGCACUUCGCUCUUGCAGGUGUCUGCUGCUCCUCGCUUCGUUCGGGCCGAGCCCGGCGUCUUUUUCUCGCCCAGCUGGGAGUGGUAGAUGCCUGGACGGGUCGCCCGAGGACAUGGAGGCCCUCAAGGGUUGCACACUCAGCUUCGGCGCCUGCAGAUCAGGCCUCCGUUUGGCUGCUUGCAGGCUGGCUGCUCAGGUGAUGGAGUGCAGAUUCUACUGUAGGAGCUGGGGGCAAGAAGGUGAUCCUGAAGCCUGAAUUUCUGGGGAUGAAAAUUCACAUAAUACGAUGUCAGACAAACUCACAGUGCUGGAGCCUUCUGCCUCUGAGCCUGGGGAAUUUCAUGACGACAGAUUAGCGCAGCUCUUGGGGAAUCCAGAAAGGCAGGGCCUAGAGAGUGCCCCCUCUCAGGAGGGGGGCUUCAAACAGAUGACAGUGACCCACUGGAAAAUUCAAACAGGAGAACCAGCCCAGAUGUGUAGUAAGUCAGGAAGAAACCCUCUUCUCAACUCAAACCUUCUUAUACUUCAGAGAGAGCUUAUAGAGGGGGAGGGCCAUUCUUGUGGUAUUGGUGGCAAGAGCUUCCCUUUUAAUUCCAACGUAGUUCCACAUCAGAUUUCUCACACAGGGGAGAAGCCUUACCAAUGUGAUCAUUGUGGGAAAGGCUGCAGUCAAAAUUCCCUCCUCAGUGAACAUCAGAGAGUUCACACCGGGGACGGACUCUAUGUGUGUAAUGUGUGUGGGAAAGACCUCAUUCACUAUGCAAACCUCGUCGAACAUCAGCAUGUACACACAGGAGAAAAGCCCUUCAAGUGUGCCCAGUGUGGAAAAGCAUUUUGUCACAGUUCAGACCUGCUUCGGCACCAGAGAGUCCAUACCAGGGAGAGGCCUUUCGAAUGUAAAGAGUGUGGGAAAGGGUUCAGUCAGAGCUCCUUGCUCGUUCGCCAUCAGAGAAUCCACACAGGAGAGAGGCCCUAUGAGUGUAACGAGUGUGGGAAAGCGUUCAUUCGGAGCUCGAGCCUUAUUCGGCAUUACCAGAUCCACACAGAAGUCAAACAGUAUGAAUGCAGAGACUGUGGGAAAGCCUUCCGACACCGGUCAGACCUCAUUGAGCACCAGAGAAUUCACACUGGGGAGAGACCCUUUGAGUGUCAUGAGUGUGGGAAGGCCUUUAUUCGCAGCUCGAAGCUCAUCCAGCAUCAGAGAAUUCAUACUGGAGAACGGCCUUACGUAUGCCAUGAGUGUGGGAAGCGUUUCAGUCAGACAUCCAACUUCACUCAGCAUCAGAGAAUCCACACUGGGGAAAAACUCUAUGAGUGUAAUGAAUGUGGGAAAGCCUUCUUUCUGAGUUCGUACCUUAUACGACACCAGAAAAUCCACACUGGCGAACGGGUGUAUGAAUGUAAAGAAUGUGGGAAGGCUUUUCUGCAGAAGGCCCACCUCACUGAGCAUCAGAAGAUCCACACUGGAGACAGACCCUUUGAGUGCAAAGACUGUGGGAAGGCCUUCAUCCAGAGCUCUAAGCUGUUGCUGCAUCAAAUUGUGCACACUGGAGAGAAGCCCUAUGUGUGCAGCUACUGUGGGAAAGGCUUCAUCCAGAGGUCCAACUUCCUUCAGCACCAGAAGAUGCACGCUGAAGAGAAUCUCUACAAGUACAGUCAGCAUGGAAAAGAUCUUACCCCACCCCCUGAUCUUGUCCACCAGGAGGAUCUUUCCCUGAGUGAGACCUCUGUUCAUUUGGGAGAGACAUCUGUGGAUCAGGAGUGUCAUGCAGAUAAUUUAUAAGACAGUCAGUCACUCUCCAGGUCAGCAAGUGGUGCUAGGAAAUGGGCAUACUUAGUGGAUCGAUAUGGCCUCUAAGAUGUGGAUUGUCACAUCUCCCAAGUCAUGGGCUGGUUUAGUUAGGUCUAUUGUCUGUCAACAGGGCAGGAAAGCUGAGGGACUGGACAGCUGACCUUGAGCUGAAAGCCGAGGGAGAGCCUCUAGAGAAUUUUCUACAUUUCCUUUGAAGUUCCAGCACACUGUAUACAGAGCAGAGCUGUAUUACUUGAGAAGUGGUUACCUAUCUGAAAGGUUGGAGAAAGGGGCUUUUCUCCCGCAAAACUGCAAGCUGGUUCCCUGUUGUCUGGGAGUAAACUCCCAGCCUUGGGGUUUAGUCCCUGGCCUUUGCUUUCUCAACUGUUUGACUCCUGGUAAUGCAUUUGACGUGUAUGAUGAGUACCUCCGCCCACAUCCUUCGGGCUGCUCCCACUCCUGUUCCUGAGGCUCUCCCUCUUCCUCCCAGUUGCCCCUGAUUAUUAUGUGAGACCUCUCUCAGGCACUAUGCCCCAAAAUGCUUCCUUGGUACCGAGCUGGGUUUGUGGAUUGUGCUUCAGUUGCUCAGUGCUAACCUCUGCUGCUGUACUUGCUUUUAAAUCCCACAAUUUUGAAUUCUCUUUUUCACUGUGCUCUGUUCCCCGAGGACAGUGACCAUGUGUCAUUGAUUCCUAUGUCCCUAGUGGCUAGCACAUGACAUUAAACAAAACAAAAACACAAAUCUGUGUAAUUGGCAUAUCCUUUAUCUUGUCUGUUUUUUGAGACAGGUUCUCACCAUGUGGCCUAGGCUGGUCUCAAACUCACAGCCCUCCCUCAGCCUCCUGAGUGCGGGGAUGAUAGAUGUGUGCUACAACACCUUGCUACCGUUCUCUAUUGCUGUUUUUAAAUUUGGGGGCAUUCUUUUUGUCAUCAGCGUGGUCUGCUCUACUAGGAAGUGCUGUCUCCCCAAGUCCUGUUGAUACCUGCUCUUGUUGAAUUGCUGACAGUCUCCUGUCUGCAGUUACUGCCCUCCAGGGGUGGCACCGUCUACAUUCAGAGCUGUCCACUGUACUUUGAGGGCAGUGCCCUCAUGCCUACAUCACUUUUUUCUAUUCUAGCAGCUCCAGGCUCAACUGUCUCUCUCUAACAUCAGUUGUUUGAAGAUGCAUUAAGGUCUGUGACGAAUAGUUUUGGAUAUUUGAAAAAGGAGAGUAAGAAGGUGCCAUGCAUCCUGUGUCGAGUGCUGGGGAAGCUAGAUAGAUCCCAGAACCGUGAGUGAAGUGGGCGCCCGGCUUCGUAAGAGCUCUGCCAAGGAGCUGACUAGUGGUACUGUAGAUCUAGGGAGGCUCCAUCGAGGACUUGAUGUUUUAACUGGUCCAGAGAAGUCAUGGACAUCUGUCAGCUUGAGAGCAGGAAUUUGGGGCGGUGUCUCCACAGACAGGCAGAACACAGGUUGCCCUGCUCCUCAGGGUUAGUCCACAGUGGAUUCCGGCCAGCAAAUGUGCUUGUUUCUGCCUCUGGAUUCCUUUGAGGAGAGCAUUGACCACAACAACUAGUUUUGAGACAAUAUGAAGAUAAUUUUUGUCCCAGAGGGCAAUUUUGAGUUUUGAACAAAUCCCAGCAACCCUAGAAGCUUCAAGUAGGCAGAUAAUUUAAAAAGGACAUGAUGCCCAUUUUCUGGGAAACUCACUAUCCCAUGACAUAGCUAGCAGACACAUGUUAUCAGACCAUUUCAGUCAGUCCAGUCCAGUCCAGUUCCGACUUCAUACUGUUCAGGAAUUUUCUUUGCCCCUUGUAGCAAUACCAUAGUCAAGAAAAGUAACAUUUGUUUUACCUCAAAAAAGUCCCCUUUUGCCCUUUCCAGAGUCAAUCCAAUCCAACCCCUGCCCUGGUAGCCACUUCCUGUGAGUGUAGAAUUGCGUUGCGUGUCCUCGAAGCACCUACACGUGGACUGGUGAGGUAGGUGCCCUUGUGUCUGGCUUGGUCACUUUGGCAUGUGACCAAAGUGUUUUUAGACCCUGUCAAGUAGCUUUGCAUUAGGAGUUCUCUUUGCCAAGUAGGGUCCCAUUGUAUGGGUAGACCAUCAUGUGCUCACGGGUCCACUCGCUUAUGGAAAUUGGGUUUCCAGUGUGGACUCUCAAGAAUAAACUGCUAUGAUCAUUUGUGUAAAAGCAUUCAUGUGCAUAUGCGUGUUUAUUUCAGGUAAAUAUAACUUU